GCUGGUUUUUGAGUGUUCCCACCAUGAGACUUGACUACUGCCUGACCACCCUUCAUGUGUCCAUCUUAGCGGCUCUCUUCCUCACUUUGGAUGCUGAUAGUCAGAAUUCAACUUGUGACAUAGAAAUUAGAGUACGUCGCAGCACGGUUUAUGAAGCUGUCCCUGGGAAAGACCUUCAGAUUAACUGCCCAGUUGCUUUCUGCAACAAUUCCCCACCGAGAAUCUCCUGGUAUAAAUAUGAGACAACUACACCUGUCCCUGUUGAUGUCAGCAGUAGCAGUCACAUUAAAACAAGGUGGACACCUUUAAAGCCUUUAGAAGGGAUAUCGUAUUUGAUCUUCCAAAAAAUACUCAGAAACGACUCAGGUGAGUAUCGGUGUCAAACUGGAGACAGUGUGAGUCAUAAGAUCUACGUCUCUGUCGAUGGUGAGGGUGAGAGUAAUGUUACACGGAAUGACACAAGUAUAAGAAAAAUGUAUAGUGUUGUGCAGCAACAAUGCUAUUCCACAUGCUUUCCAAAUCUUUAUUAGACUGGGUAAACCCAGCCCGAUCUGCCGGUGAU